CGAGGGUGCCUCGCUCCGAAAACGCAUAAAUCCCCCGCCACUGCGCCAGCCGACUUUAGAAUCACCCCGACGCCCGAGUCGGCGUGUGUCAACCCAGUGUGUGAAAAACCUCGUUUCGAAAAACCUUGAACCACGAAUCCGCGGAUUCGAUUCCGUUUACCGGAUCUAAAAACAAACGUAACUCGGCGACACGAUAAUAUACAAAUAUAGGUACGAUAUCGCGGCUAUAAAUAUAAUUGCGUUACUCGCUGUGUAGGCGCAACCUGUGUUUCGUUUCUUUUCCUUCUUCUUCUUCCUCUUUUACUUCUCAAAGUACGAAAAAACAAUACAGUGAAGAUUCAGCAGAAGUGAGAUGGAGCUACAAGAGAUGUUCCGUUACGGAUACAUGUUUCCACCGAGGGAGGACGAGGUGGUGUCCUGCGCGUAUCUGGAUUUACCGAGUUACGCCUAUUCGAAGAGCAAAUCCGACCUGCCACCGGUAAGCACGAUCUCGAUACCUCAGUGCAUCGUUUACGACGGGAACCGGAGCGAUGGAUGGCACACGCCGAGUCCAACCGCGAGCUUGCGUUCGGUUAGUCCCGCCACAACUUUGUCCAUAUCGUCCGAGCCCGAGACCGUAACCACUCCAGUCACCUACCGUUUGCUAGGCUCGAUGGAGGAGUUGAACAAGAGGUACGGGGCAAAGAGGAGGAGUACGGCGACGAUGAAUCGCGGCACGGAGGAGGUGAACAGUAUGGACGCUGAUUCCACCGAUGGAAACGGGGAUCCCGAGGCGGAGACGGAGCACGAGAAGGCGCAGUCGUCGAGAGGGAGCGUGAUCAGCAACGGUAGCAGUUUCUCGGAUGGGAUCGUGGACGGUGACAGCGAGGACGAGGCCGAGAUGAGCGACUGCGCGGAUCACGUGGGGUCGGGGAUGGACGGGAGCGGGGGUAACCGGAGCGGCGUGGCUAGGAGAAGGGGGAAAUACGUGAGCUCGACGAUCGUGAGGAAACGGAGAUUGGCCGCGAACGCGAGGGAACGGAGGAGAAUGCAGAAUUUGAACAAGGCGUUCGACAGGUUGAGGGCGUAUCUUCCCUCUUUGGGCAACGACAGGCAACUAUCGAAAUACGAAACGCUUCAGAUGGCGCAGUCCUACAUCACGGCUCUUUACGAUCUGUUGCAGUAAUCGCGCCUUUUCAGUAGGGGAGGGGAUGAGAGAGAGAAUUGUCGUGUCGGACGAACUUUGGCAAUGAUGUAUUACGAUCCGGGAAGGAACCGGAGUGUCAGUGAAGAAAUUGAGAGUAGGAGUAUUGAAUUCUUAAAUUUUCACAAGAUUAACAAGGGAAACAUUAUUUUUUACAGUUGUAAUUACAGAAUUUCGUCUUAUGAUUCUUAUAAAAUUGUGUAUCGCCUCGUUUAUUAUUUUAUUUUUUUCUACAAAACAUAAAUAUUAUCGUUGUAAUAUUUAUCAUAUUAUGGAAACGUAGCGUGGAGACAAUUUUUUGUAAAUACUAGGACAUUGUGUAAAUGUUGUAAGAUAUUUUAAUUGCGUAGAUUUUUAGCGAGAUAAUGUAUUAUAAAAAAAAAAAAAAAGAAAAAAAAAAGAAAAAGAGGACCAAGUCAGGUACUAUAUAAUUUAUUGUAUUAUACAAAUGUAUUAAUGCGCUCUUUGAGACUGAGAGAAAAGAAAAAAAAA